AUGGGGAGUCCCCUCCCGGCUGGCCAGCUGCUGCUGCUGCUGCUGCUGCUGUCCACAGACCUCUCCGCCUCUGCGGGCGUCUGCUGUCCUCCCCCAGCCCGCCGCCUGGACCGCAGUGUCUCAGGACCUGCGUUCUCCUUUGAGCUGCUGCCUGAGGCCCGGGUCAUCCGAGUGACUGUCCCCCCGGGCCCCGAGGUCAGCGUGCGGCUCUGUCACCAGUGGGCCCUGGAAUGUGAGGAGCUGAGCCGUCCCUUCCACGCCCAGAAGGUCGUAUCUGGGGGUCGCGCUGUGGAGCUGCCGUAUGAAUUCCUCCUGCCCUGUCUGUGCGUGGAGGCAUCCUUUCUUCAAGAGGACACAGUGAGGCGCAAAAAAUGUCCCUUCCAGAGCUGGCCUGGAGCCUAUGGCCCCGACUUCUGGGCUUCCAUGGACUUCACCGACCACAGCCAGCACACGCAGAUGGUCCUGUCGUCCGCGCCCCGCUGCCCCCUCCAGCUCCAGGCCUCCCUGUGCCAGCGGCGUGAGCAGGGCGCUCCCUGCCAGGACCUCCCCAAUGCCACCGCUCACGAGUCAGAUGGGUGGUAUGUCCUGGAGAAGGUGGACCUGCACCCCCACCUCUGCUUCAAGUUUUCCUUUAGAAACACCAGCCACGUCGAGUGCCCGCACCGACCCGGUGAGCAAACGUCCUGGAGCGUGAGCCUAGAGACUCGGGCCCGGCGGCUGGUUCUGCGCUUCUUGUCCAGGGUCCCGGCCACCUUCAGUGCCACGGGGCUGCCACGGGACAGCCUGGCGCUCCCGGUGUACAGCGUCACCCAGACACGCUCCAGCCCAGUCCCUCUGGACUUAGUCAUCCCCUUCCCGGUGCCAGGCGGCUGCGUCCUGGUAUGGAGGUCAGAUGUCCAAUUCUCCUGGAAGCACGUCUUGUGUCUGGAGGUUGCUCACAGACACGGGGGGCUCUUGAUCCUGGCGCUGUUGGCCUUCGUCGUCCUCCUGGGCCUUCUUUCAGUCCUCAGCCGCCGGCGCUCAUUCUCGGGCCCCGGCGGCGCGCGGCCGGUGCUGCUCCUGCACGCGGCGGACUCGGAGGCGCAGCGGCGCCUGGUGGCGGCCCUGGCCGAGCUGCUGCGGGCGGCGCUGGGCGGCGCGCGCGACGUGAUCGUGGACGUGUGGGACGCGCGGCGCGUGGCGCGCCUGGGGCCGCUGCCGUGGCUGUGGGCGGCGCGGGCGCGCGUGCGGCGGGAGCGGGGCGCGGUGCUGCUCCUGUGCAGCCGCCGCCGCGCGCCCCGCGCCGCGCUCUGCGCCCCGCCGCGCCCCGCGCCGCUGCUCGCCUACUUCGGCCGCCUGGGCGCGCCCCGCCGCCUCCCCGCGCCCCUGCGCGCGCUGCCGCGCUUCCGCCUGCUGCGGGACCUGCCCCGCCUGCUGCGCGCGCUGGGCGCGGGGCCCGCCGCCCGCCGCCCCCCGCGCGCGCCCCUGCAGCGGUGCCGCCGCCUGGAACGCGAGGCCGCGCGGGGGGCCGCCCGGGGGACCUGCUGA